AUGGCUGACAGGGAAAAUCCACAACUCUCGCAGGACGACCUCCUGGCUCGAAUCGCAGAGCUUCAGGCAGAAGUACGAAGGAUAGCGGAGCUAUCAACCCAGAACAAUGGAGAAAGCUCCAAAGGCUCGGCCCAAGGUGUCGCAGAUCCUUUAAACAUCACCCCGCCAAAAGAGAAGCUCACCCUCGACAAUCCCUUCUCCGAGGAGAUCACAAACUACCAAAUGCCAAAGAACUUUACACUGGCCACUGCACUAGAACCAUACAAGGGGUUCGGAGACCCCCGGGCCCACGUGAAGAAGUUCCAAUCAAUGAUGUUCUUCAAUGGUCCUAACAAUGAGCCCGUCCUCUGCCGAGAAUUCCCCACAUACCUUGAUGGCGCUGCAUUGCUCUGGUUUUCUAAACUUUCUGCAGGUUCAAUCUCCUCCUUUGAAGACCUAGCCAGGUCAUUCAUUGACUAUUUUGCUGCAUCAAGGAUAUAUGUACAUGGAUCAGAUUACCUCGGCACCAUCAAGCAAGGUCAGAACGAGAGCUUGAAGGACUACAUGACCAGAUUCGCGGAUGCCACUAUGGAGAUCCAGGACUUGGACCCGGCCGUCCACCUACACGCCCUAAAAGCCGGCCUCAGGCCCGGUAAAUUCUGGGAGACCAUCGCUAUAACAAAGCCUAAGACGCUAGAAGAGUUCCGCGAAAGGGCAGCAGGUCAAAUGGAAAUCGAAGAACUCCGUGAGGCCCAAAAGUCGGACAAACAACCACAUCGAGAUAUCCUCAACGCCAAAAUCAUAAAGCUACCAGCUCGAGCAGGAAGCUACCAGGACCAAAGAUUCGUGGACAGAACGAAACAUUGUGCUUUCCACCAAAAGUUCGGCCACACCACGGACAACUGCAUUGUCGCAAAGGAUCUCCUAGAAAGGCUGGCACGCCAGGGACUCUUAGACAAAUAUGUCAAGAGCCGGAAGGGCAGAAGAGGAAACUCGGACAGGGAAGAGAACAAACAAGCAACGACGAACAACAACAAAAAAGAACGGACAACCCCCGAUCCACCAAGGGGAAUUAUUAGCCACAUAUCAGGAAGAUUCGCAGGCGGAGGAGAAACAAGCUCGGCCAGAAAGCGAAGCUACAGGGUGAUGCUGGCAAUCGAAGGAACCAUACAUCCAAAGAAGGACAAAGACCCAGAUGUCACAAUAUCCUUCAACCAAGCAGACUUCAGAUCGGCAAGCCCUAACCUCGACGACCCCGUGGUAAUUUCCAUCCAGGUCGGAGAACUAUUGGUAAGAAAAACAUUGCUGGACCCAGGUAGUAGUGCUGAUGUUUAA